AUGAGCUCCCUAAACAUCUCCCCUCCUGUUAAAGAAGAGGAGGUCUGCUGGACGGAGAAAGAAGCUCUGGGGCUGAACAUUGUUGUGAAAGAGCAGAAGGAAGAAGAGGAUGUCACAGUUAAAAAAGAAGUUGAGGGGGAGGCUGUUACAGUGAAAGAAGAGGAAGAUGCGUUCAUAGUGAAAGAGGAGGGUGCAGGAGUGAAGAUGGAAGGCGAGAUUACUGUCACAUUGAAAGACGAAGAGGUGGAGAUAGGAGAUCUGAUUAACACCAUGAAGAGUCCUUCAGGGGAACCAGACCCAGGGAAGAGUCCUUCAGGGGAACCAGACCCAGGGAAGAGUCCUUCAGGGGAACCAGACCCAGGGAAGAGUCCUUCAAGGGAACCAGACCCAGGGAAGAGUCCUUCAGGGGAACCAGACCCAGGGAAGAGUCCUUCAGGGGAACCAGACCCAGGGAAGAGUCCUUCAGGGGAACCAGACCCAGGGAAGAGUCCUUCAGGGGAACCAGACCCAGGGAAGAGUCCUUCAGGGGAACCAGACCCAGGGAAGAGUCCUUCAGGGGAACCAGACCCAGAGACGCCCAAAGCAACAGGAGGACAUCACUGCUCCCGCUGUGGAAAGAGUUUUACCAAGUUAGGGAGUCUGAAGAAACAUGAGAGGACACACACAGGAAAAAAGACUUUCCAAUGUUCACAGUGUGGAAAAGGUUUUCUUUGGUUAUAUCACCUGAAUAGGCAUGAGAGGACACACACAGGGGAAAAACCUUUCCAAUGCUCCCAGUGUGGAAAGAGUUUUAACGAAUUAGGGUACCUAUUAAUACACAAGAGGAUACACUCCGGAGAGAAGCCUUACCACUGCUCCAAAUGCGGAAUGACUUUUACCUGGUUAGGGAGCCUGAAAACACAUGAGAGAAUACACACUGGAGAAAAUCCUUUCCAAUGUUCCCACUGUGGAAAGAAUUUUACCCAGUUAGGGAACCUAAAUCGGCACAAGAGAACACACACAGGAGAGAAGCCUUACCAAUGCUCUCAGUGUGGAAAGAGUUUUAGGGGUUUAGUGAGCCUGAAACAGCAUAAGAGAAUACACACAGGAGAGAAGCCGUAUCACUGUUCCCAGUGUGGAAAGAGUUUUAGAUGGUUAGGGACCUUGAAAAUGCAUGAGAGGACACACACCGGAGAAAAACCGUACCAAUGCACCGUGUGUGGAAAGAGAUUUACCCAGUUAAAGUCCAUGAAAUUACAUGGGAGAAUACAUACAGGAGAGAAGCCGUACCACUGCUCCCACUGUGGAAUGGCUUUUACCUGGUUAGUAAACAUGAAAACUCACGAGAGAAUACACACAGGAGAGAAGCCUUAUCAAUGUUCCCAGUGUGGAAAGAAUUUUAGGGGUUUAGUGAACCUGAAACAGCAUGAGAGGACACACCCACAAGAAAAGCCUUACCAAUGCUCCCUGUGUGGAAAGAGUUUUACCAAGUUAGGGGGUCUGACAAGGCAUGAGAGGACACACACAGGAGGGGAUAAGACGUACCACUGCUCCCUGUGCGGAAAGACAUUUAACAGGUUAAGGCAUCUGAAUAAGCAUGAAAGAAUACAUACACAGGAGGAGAAGACAUACCACUGCUCUCAAUGUGAAAAGACAUUUUCCCAGUCAGAGGACCUGAAAUCACAUGAGAGAAUAGAGAGGCUGUGUUCUGACUUAUGUUUUUGACUUGAGACUUUGUGUUUUUAGGGGUCUAUCUCCCGUUUCUGGACAGGACUCUAGUCUAUAGAGUACCACAGUAUAGUAACAAGAGUCUAUCUCCUGUUUCUGUAGUGAGGCAGCUUGAUGUACUUCCCCUGGACAAGAUGGCUGUCUUAAUAUUUUACUGCUCCUCUUUAAUUAUUUGUUACUUUUAUUUCUUAUUCAUAUUCAUUUUUUUUUCAACUGAAUUGUUGAUUAGGGCUUGUAAGUAAGCAUUUCGCUGUAAGGUGCAUGUGUGUGUUCGGUGCAUGUGACAUAAUAUUAAGUUGUUAUAUAGAUUAAUGGAAUUUUGCAUUUCUUGAUUCCAGCCUUGAAUCCUCUUGAAUUGGAGUUGUUAUAUGAUUUGGAUAUUGUUAAAUUAAUUUGAUUGGAUUCAGUUGCAGAUAAACAUAUUAGCACCAUUGUACUUUUUCUUAAAUAAUGACCUAUUUCUUCUAAAAUAAGUUGAAAUUGAUGGUCUCCACACCUUAUAGUAUUUUCAACAUUGCAGAACCAAUACAUUUUUUGUUAACUUAAGUUUACAUUCGGCUAAUUCAGCCACACCCAUUGCUGACAGGUGUGUAAAAUCGAGCACACAGCAAUGCAAUCUCCAUAGACAAACAUUGGCAGUAGAAUGGCCUUACUGAAUUUCAACAUGGCACCGUCAUAGGAUGCCACCUUUCCAACAAGUCAGUUUGUCAAAUUUCUGCCAUGCUUGAGCUGACCCGGUCAACUGUAAGUGCUGUUAUUGUGAAGUGGAAACAUCUAGGAGCAACAAUGGCUCUGACAAAAAGUGGUGGGCCACACAAGCUCACAGAACGGGACCGCUGAGUGCUGAAGCGCGUAGCACUUAAAAAUCGUCUGUCCUCGGUUGAAACACUCACUACUACCGAGUUCCAAACUGCCUCUGGAAGCAACGUCAGCACAAUAACUGUUCGUCAGGAGCUACUUGACUAUCCACACAUUACACACACCGCAGCCUAGCCUGAAAAUAUUUUUGAUAUCUAGGAAUGUUCUGACAAAUAUUUCCGGCCUCCGCUGGCAUGGAAUAUCCCAGGACAAACAUCCAUGCUCUCCUCCCGGAGGUUAUAACAACACAACAUCAAACACCGUAAAUACACAACUUGAUGGAACCACAUGAAAAGGUUGGGAACAUGUUUUCAUUGGCCAGUGAGGUUAAGCCCUCGUCACAGCUACAACUUAUUUAUCAGAAUUCCUGCUGUAAAAAUAGCUACAUUAUUUCUGACACCCACAACUCAACUGCCCCACGUGAGUUUGAUAAGAUUUAUGUUUGGUUUGUUAAAAUAGAAUCUUUAGUCUUGGGUCCCUGCAUUUAAAAAAAAAUGUCUUUACUUUUGAUAUUGAAUACUGCAUUUUCUUUUGAGGAAGAGCUUGCAGGUAACAGGGUGUUUAUACUAUUGGUAAAACAUGUGGAUAACCACGCUAGCUUCACUCUUGUGUGGUGCUAGCAAGUAUAAUAGGUAGUGCUAGGUAUCAACAGCCUCCUGAGUGGUGCAGCACUGCAUUGCACUACAGAUCCGGGUUCGAUCCCGGGCUGUGUCGCAGCCGACCACAACCGGGAGACCCAUGAGGCGGUACACAAUUGGCCCAGCGUCGUCCGGGAUAGGGGAGGGUUUCGCCGGCUUGGAUGUCCUUGUCCCACCGAUCAUCAGAUAUAAAUUAUAGUUUUACAGUCUAAGCCCUGUCGGAGGGGGAGGUUCUUCUAAACUGUAUGGAAUUGUUUUAAGAAGGUUUAAACAACAUGAAGGGCUUCCCCAGUAUAGUGCUGUUUUAAGAAGGUUUAAACAACAUGAAGGGCUUCCCCAGUAUAGUGCUGUUUUAAGAAGGUUUAAACAACAUGAAGGGCUUCCCCAGUAUAGUGCUGUUUUAAGAAGGUUUAAACAACAUGAAGGGCUUCCCCAGUAUAGUGCUGUUUUAAGAAGGUUUAAACAACAUGAAGGGCUUCCCCAGUAUAGUGCUGUUUUAAGAAGGUUUAAACAACAUGAAGGGCUUCCCCAGUAUAGUGCUGUUUUAAGAAGGUUUAAACAACAUGAAGGGCUUCCCCAGUAUAGUGCUGUUUUAAGAAGGUUUAAACAACAUGAAGGGCUUCCCCAGUAUAGUGCUGUUUUAAGAAGGUUGUACCAAGGAUCAUUUUGAACUGUAAGACUCAUGGAAGUAUCAACAAAAAAUAUUAAAAAGUUAUUUUAUGUAAAAAAGUCUUUGGCCAUACUGUUAUAACCAUAGUAACACAUUGGAUAACAUUCACAACAUGGAACAACAGUACCCAUAGUAACACAUUGGAUAACAGUCACAACAUGGAACAACAGUAACCAUAGUAACACAUUGGAUAAUAUUCACAACAUGGAACAACCGUAACCAUAAUAACAUUGUUUCCCCCAGAACAUCUAAAGGAAGUUUGUUCUGAAGUGUCUGUCCUGAAUCUGAGAGAUGCAUGUCUUUAACCCCUUAUUUAUGUCACUAAAGUCUUUCCACAUUUUGUUACGUUACAGCCUUAUUCUACAAUGGAUUUAAAAAAUACAAAUCCUCAUCAAUCUACACACAAUACCCUGUAAUGACAUCACAAUACCCCAUAAUGACAAAGAGUAAACAAGUUUGGAGAAAUGGUGGUUAGGGAUGAAUUGGACCACAGAGUGAAGGAAAAGCAGCCAACAACUGUUCAGCAUAUAUGGGAACUCCUUCAAGACUGUUGGAAAAGCAUUCCAGGUGAAGCUGGUUGAGAGAAUGCCAAGAGUGUGCAAAGCUGUCAUCAAGGCAAAGGGUAGCUACUUUGAAAAAUCGAAAAUAUAUUUUUAAUUGUUUAACACUUUUCGUUACUACAUGAUUCAAUAUGUGUUAUUUCAUGGUUUUGAUGUCUUCACUAUUAUUCUACAAUGUAGAAAAUUUUAAAAAAUAAAGAAAAACCCUUC